UCUUUCAGUGGAUUUCUGCUGGCUUACAACAUCCUGAAAAUGAAGAAAAACCCUGUUCUUGUCGGCACCAUAGCUGUAUUGCGCAGAAUUAUCAGGGUUACCGUUCCCAUGUUUUUUGUCCUGAUGUGCUUCUGCCUGCUGCCACUGGCAGCCACUGGUCCGAACACCGUCUUGCUGUUCAGCAAGUUCCACAGCGAGCUGGAACGACACUGGUGGAGGCUGAUCCUUCACAUCCGGAACUUUGCCAACGCUAACGAAUUGGAGUGCUUUUCGCAUUUGUGGUACCUAUCGACCGACUUCCAGCUGUUCUUCGUCUGUGUCAUUAUUCUUCUACUCUUCAAAGGGCGCACCACGUGGCAGCAGUGGUCAUUCUGCACCCUGUCCGUCGGGUGCUGUGCCUUCUCUGCAUGGCAGAUGAGCAGCGGCCGCUACGUUCCCGUCAUUCCACUCAUCGUGUCCGACAUAUCAACGCUGGCAGACACAUUCAACGAGGUGUACAUGUUGCCCACGUUCCACGGUGCCACCUUCUUCCUCGGCUGCAGCACGCUCAUCUUCAUCGAGAGCAAGAGAGACAUCAAGAUGUCAGCGGUUAAGCAAGCAGUCAUGUGGGCGGUGUGCUUGACCUGCGGCGCGGUGUGCAUCCUGUCGCGCUACCACAGGAACGGCGGCUUCACCUCUACGGGUGACUGGAUCGACGUGGUCUUCUCCUUCGUCGACCGCCUUCUUUGGUCAAGCUUCCUGGCAUGCCUGGUGUUUGCAUGCGCCAACCGGAAAGCAGGAUUCCUAGGUCGUUUCCUGUCCUGGCGUCCCUUCGUCCCCCUGAGCCGACUCUCUUUCGGCGUCUACCUGGUGCACAUGCCGCUCCUGAUCACUGGAUACGCACUUACAAGGGAGAGGGUCUACUACUCUUUCCUCGGAGUGGUGUCCAACGCACUGACCCUCUUUGUGUGGAGCUGCAUGUUGAGCUUCUGCCUGUUCCUGGUGUGCGAGUUGCCGACCAGCAUAUACGAGAAAACGCUGUUUGUACCGGGCCGAGUGAAGCGCGACUCGGAGAACAAGGACAGUGGCCACAAGACGAGGAGGACCGUGAUCACAUACAUCUGUCCACGCCUAGUGGUAACCCAGGACCAGACGACGCAGGCCAGCACAAUCCAUCUGGACCAAUGGUGCCACUUAUAGACUCCUUUUGUCAGAAGCAAAGAAAUUUCGCCACCUUACUUUGUUUUUGCGGAGGUGUGUAGUGCCAGCGCGCAAAUCGUUAAGGACUUCCUCGCGAAUGCCUUAAAUCGUGCAAGAGGCAUUUGGCAACGUGAAGGUGCGUUAAAUGAACACCAAAUCGUGGAAGAGCACAGCGUUCUGAAGGUGGAACCAUCCUCCUUAGAGAAAAGGCUGUGAAAUAAUGAAUUAAGAACUGAGGACAAGUUGCCUGGUGGCUCAAAACGGCACCCGUCUGCGAGCCACUGGUGGUCAGACAAGAAGCAGGCGCAUCGUUGUCGCUGGCAUGGCCGCUGGACAGCUGAUGCCGAACCGGCCGCAUUUGCACAUCUCGGGUGGGCAUAGAAGUUGAAGCCGUGGGUGCACUGAGAUUGACGAACGGCGCUAAUCCAUGCAUGGAAAACGUGACGCGACGAAGCAAUGGACUGUGCAGGAACCGUGUGUACUGCUACUGCUUCUCGCAUAUUUGUGCAGCUGUCAGGCGCAUUAGCCAGAGUGUGCGACAACAUAUGUGGUCACUACACUGCGCAAAUUUCCUAUCGAAGGUGUUCAUUCCUCCUGAGCGUUCCCUAUGCAAAGAACCCAUCCGGUCCAUCGCAUAGCAUUACUUCGGCAUGCAUUCUGACAAAUGCGGUGUGGUGAUCAAGUUUCGCUAUGCAUUAUUAUUUAUAGCUUUUGCGGGAACUAAAACCGAUGCGGGAGAGCCGCGACUUGUUGAGUUCCAAAUCCAAUGUUGGCAAAUCAGCUGACAUGGCGAUUGGGUAUUCUUACACAGGGUACCUUUGGCACAAUAACCGAAAUAACGAUGUCCCGUUUUACAGUUCCAUUUCACUCCAGUAACUCAUUUGAAUAUAGCAUUAAUGGUGCCCGGUUUGCCCAUUGACCCCCAUCACCAGACCUCAUAAUUUUUUGCAGUGAGGCUCACGGCUGUGAUGCUCGGACACAUGUUGUCCAUGAACUCUUUUUUUUUCUUUUUAUAAUUGAUUUGGUUAAGGUGCAUGAUCGCCAGCAAUUUCGGCUGGUAGUGCAAUGCUCUCAGCCGGCAGGUCCAAGGCGGGUGGACAAGUAAUGUUUACGCAAUUAAACAGCCGGGAUAAAUAUUUGGAUUUGCGGUGAAGACAUUGUGGCGGCUUUAUGCCGCGGUAUUAAGACUUGCACAACCACAGCCCGCUUGGCUGUGGUCGAGCAAGCCACAAUGACCAUCAGUGAUAACUGUUUCUGUUGGGAAAAAUAAUUAUGCCUAUAGGAGAGAACGCAGAUUGUAUCUGUUACAUACAUUAGCCCUAAGUGUGGUUCAAUAUAGGCAUUCGAAGAUGCCAUCACCGAAUAAAAACACUACAGCUUCUCUUCUCCUUCAUUUAACGAAAAGCGACGAAACUCUCUGUAGAAACCUUCAAGUCAACGUUUUCCACACAUAGAGAAAAAAAAUAGCUAGAACGAACAAUAUUUACUGUAUGCAAAGCUGACGUCGACGCAUCCGGACGAAGCACUAUACUAUGGUCGGUAGGAAUAAUAUAUUAAAUUUAUACCAUGGAGGUGAGCAUGGAAUGUUGGCACUCCCUAGUUCUUGCGCAUCGUUGAACGUUACCAGUCUUCUAUGUAAAUAUGGUUUUGUUCUUUAUAUGCUUUAGGAAGUGUUGUGUGAAAACAUCAAUUAUUAUAGCACAAUAAACCAUUUUCUUGUCAAUAGAAA